CAAACAAAAAAAAAUAUGAAUCUUUUCGCCGUCAAUCAGUACCCAAAAAAUCUUGACCGGCUGACCGGCUAGACAAACAACACACCCUUUGUCGAUGGGACUUCAGAAAAUAACUCAGCGACGGUUUAGUUCGCUGUUCGCCGUUCGCAUUCUCGCAGUACGCAAUGCCAAGACAAUAAAUAAACAGACGCGAAAAUGACCAGUAGGUAGAGUGCAAGAAGCUCGAAUCCUUAAAAGGAACAUCUGAGACUUAAAAUCCACCAAGAAGGAAUUUAAUCCGAUGUUAAAUGGCCCCGAUUAGGGUUAUUAUACGCGUUCUUGUCGUAGCAUAUCUCCAAAGAUAAAUGCAAUCGCUCUUACGCGCGGCUGACCCCCCAACGCGUAAAGUUGACGAGUUGACUGGAAGAGUCGAGCACGCUUAGUACAUCAGCUCUUCGUUAGCUCAAUGCUUGACUUUUAAACAUGGGAAUAUAUAGAUACCUACCUAGGUAACUAUUAAGUUAAAAAUGUAUGCGGCUAAUGACAAUCUCGAGAACUUGACUUCGAGCUUUCAAGGGUCUAGGCCAUCUGGCCUUCAGUGUUUGACAACGCUAUCCAAAUCAAUAUGCCUUUCCUGGCAGCCGUUUUAUUCAUACCGACUAUUCUGGGGGAGAAGCUAGUUAUCCCGGAGGUGCAAAGUGCAGUGAGCGCGCAGCUAGCGGAAUUGAGUGGAUAUGCAGGCGAAUCUGGUUCGGCCGUAGUCAGCGAUGUCUCGCCGGUGAGCUCAAGCUCCGAAGUAAGGAAAAUCGAAGAGCGAGCCACCAGCACUUACUGGUAUGAGACGAUCUCUCACCAAGGCAUAUCAGCCUUCAAUUCCAACCGUGCGACUUACAAGGUCUACCGCAACGUUAAGGAUUAUAGCGCCAAAGGAGACGGCAAAACCGACGAUACUGCUGCUAUCAAUAGGGCAACCAGCGAUGACAAUAGGUGCGCUCCAGGAUCUUGCUCUUCGUCCAGCGCAACCAACGCCGUCGUCUACGUGCCCGCUGGGACAUAUGUCGUUUCUUCUUCGAUUAUCAGCUACUAUGCGAAUACACCCCCUACCUUAUGAAAGGAUUCGGGAUGCACCUAAUCCAAACUACAUAGUACCUAAUCUAUCUAGAAAGACAACAGCCUGUACAAUGAUUUCAUUUACUAAAACUAGGUCACUACCUAUACUAGAAGCGAUAGAAGAAAGAGGCCAUUUACCUAACA